GCCAACUUCCCCCCUUCAAUCCCCUGACCAAAUACUAUUAACAAUUGACCUCUAUGUCCUCAUCCUCAACCCCAGUCUACUUCCAAACAAUGCCCGCCGCCCCUCAACCCUCCGCCCUCCCACCCUCCAACACAACCCCUACGUCCAGCAGCCAUGAAACCCCCAAACCCCACCGCAAGCCCUUACUCCGCCUUGAGCUCCGCGAUCUUUCUUCCUCCGGUUCCCGCGCCUUCCUCCGCCUGCUCCACGCUUCAACAACCCUAGAAGACGCUGUAGCUAGCGUCCUCUCGCACCUCUACACUGGUCUCCCAGUGCACUGCAUCCCACCCACCCGCUCCAUCACACUUGUCCUACGUUCCAUGGGUGGUGUUGCAUACACAACGGGCCUAGACAUUGAUGACGACCACAAAGAAAUCCACUUCAGCACGGACUACAUAAAUGGGGUACCCGAACACCGCCAAAAAGAGGAAAUGCAAGGCGUUAUUGUGCAUGAAAUGGUGCAUUGCUGGCAGCAUAAUGCGCUAGGUAGCGCACCGGGAGGCUUAAUUGAAGGGAUUGCAGAUUGGGUGCGGUUAAAGGCUGGGUUUGCGCCGCCGCAUUGGAAGAGGAUGACUAGUGGGGAGUGGGAUGCGGGGUAUGAGAAGACGGGGUACUUUUUGGAGUGGCUGGAGAGUGGACAUGGGGUGGAUAUUGUGAGGAGGAUUAAUGAGGGGUUGAGAGAGUGUAGGUAUGAGGAAGGGGAGUUCUGGGGGAAGUGUUGUGGGAAGGGCGUUGAGGAGCUGUGGGAAGAGUAUCAGAAGAGUUUGAAGGGGCAAGAAAUAGAGAAAGAAGAGACAGCAGAUGGAGUGGAGAAGGUUGAAAGCGAAAGCGGAGCGGAGAGUUCCAAAGCACAGGACGCGUCUCCCUCUGACCCCCAGGAUCUACAUGACAGCGACCAAAGCCAUGAAGAUCUCCACACUAAAGCACGAAGAGGCGGAAAUAUGUACAUCCCUGUACGGUCGAAGCCAGUCUAGACUCCCUUGACUCUCUUCCUCUUCAUCAACCUCAACAUCCCCUUCUAUCUCAACAAUGCCACUUCUCCCCUGGAUCCAAUGGCUACCUGUAGAGAAAUAUUCGACAUAUUUGGAGAGCGAUCUAGGAAAUACUCA